GCGUAUGUCACCCCUGUCAGUUACUGUGUAGUGGUAAUAAGUUUUCCCCACAAAGUUUAUAAAAAAAAAAAAAUCGAUUCUGGUAAUAUUUUCAGAAUAAACCAAAUCGAUUUAAGUUAUUACAAUUGCGAGUUUGGACAAGUGAAUACAAUAAACAAUUGAUAAAAAAGGAGAGCAAAGAGAGAAUAAGGAAACACAGGGCAGGGGAAACCGCCAAGACCCUAACAGACGACACCAUGUGCAAGACCUGCCGAAGACCGCUCCACUGUGAGGGUAACAAGGACCUCGGUCCCUGGGGACUCAGAGGAGCCUACAAGUCCGUUGCACUGACUUCACGCCGCCUGUGGACAGCGCAACACCACCGUGACGAAGAGAAAAGUGAGGAGCAGGGGUCAUCUGCGAGAUCCUCGAGUGAGCUUUUGGUUAACAGAGUCGACGACUGUCUGAGUAAGGAGGAUAAAGGGAAAAGAGACAGCGCCCUCGCCAACGUGUUUGGUGGGGCUCCUCUUUUUCACACCCAUGCACCAUCUCACGCCCAUGUCCAAGUAGAUACUGACGACAACGAAGUCUUCACAGUGUCCAAUUUCAAAAAGGGCGACAACGCACCGAAAGUGAGUGGAGACAGCCCCAACUGCAGCAACAUCUCUAAGGCAAGUAUUGCCUCUUUCGAAAGAAAUAAUGAGAAGAUAACAAAGACAAAACCACUAGUCCACCAAGACGAUAACUCUAGGUAUGGAAGAAAGAUAGAACAGGCCAAUCCGCCGUCGGGAGCAACCGAAGUAGGCGUUGUAGGUAGCUUGCAACCAAGCGUCACAAACACCACGACACUGGAGCCCUCCAAGGAACCCAGGAGCCGUCCCUUUUUCUUUCUCCCUUCUGAAGACGAAGAAGAGGCCUCACACACCGACAGUGCUGACCACAAUUUACGUUCAGACCCAGACCUUUACCCCAUCCCUAAAAACGGCGGCAGUAGCCACCAUUCUUCAACCUCACCCAAGGAUAAACCUCGCACCCCCGUCUCACCACCCAGUCCCCAGAAACAAUCUCCUCCUGCCGAUGGUUCGGUCGAAAUCAAGAACCGAAUCCGGUAUUGCCUCCAACGAGCCAGAAGCAGAAGCACAUCACUUGGUGGCUUAGGAAGCUUCGAAGCAGGUCUAUACCGUCUUGAAGGUCUAUUGGACGGAAAGAAAGACGACGGCCACUCCAAAGACAACCCCGCCCACCCUACCCUCUCUGGCCUCCCCUCCUCCAAGCAGCGGCCAGCGGAGCAUGUGGCAGCCUUAAUGCCUAAGUACAAGGACACUGGCACCAUCACAGAUGUGUGUUCCGGUGACAAUGUAGCAGAGGUUGAGCUGAUAAGUUUGGUCCAGGAACAAUUCCCUCGUUACAUCCUACGCGCCGACACCGUUACCGAGUUUUCCGGAUACGACAACGCCGACUGGGGAGUGAGCUUCCCAGCAUUGAAGGAGGAGGAAGUAGAGGCACUUAGUCCAGAGCAGGCGGAGGGAGCAUUAGCCUACUUUGAUGGUAAUGAGUGCCAGUCCCCCUUCAGUGCCACUUAUUGCAGGAUGCCACUUGAGCUCCGAAUCCCCUAA